AUGUGUAUUAAGUUAUAAUAUAAUGAGAACAUAAUGAAGAAUAUAAUGUUUAUUCAUUUAUAUUUAAUUGGAUUUUAUAUUUUAUGUAUAACACAACGUUCUGCAUGUGAAAUAUGUUCAACAUGUUUGUGUUUGACUGCAAUAAACGAAGGGCCUAUUAUUGAUUGCCAUGGAAAAGAUUUGGAAAACAAUGAUAUGCUAAUUGCUGAUUUGCUAACAUUAAAUGGAUAUCGAUCACUCAACAAACUUAUUUUAUCAAAUAAUAAUAUAAGUAACUUACCUGAACAUCUACUGAAGAAAUUAAAACCUGUGAAAAGUUUAGAUUUAUCUGAAAAUCUUAUGGAAACGAUACAUACAAGCAUAUUUAUAGAUUUGAGUAAUCUUGAAGAUUUAAAUCUUUCUAAAAAUAAACUAACAGUUUUUGAUGAUUCGUUACUGAAAGUACUUCCUACAUUAUUAACGUUAAAUGUUAGCCAUAAUCAUAUUCAUACAGUAGAAAGUGUAGCAGACAAAACUACAGUAAAUAUUAUUUAUCUCACUUUGUCUCAUAAUAACAUAUCCAGUUUACCUAAGAAAUUCUUUGAACUGUUACCAAAUCUGCAAUAUCUAGACCUAUCAUUUAAUAGAAUUCAUUCUUUGAUGGACUAUAGUUUAACACGUCUAAACUCAUUGAAAAUGAUCUCUAUAAACAACAAUUUCCUUACUUCGUUGGAUAUACGAAUAUUUCCAAAGUCUUUAAUAAAACUACAUUCUGGACAUAAUCAGAUUGCAGAAAUAUUUUAUGAAUCAUCUCAGCUUAAAGUACUAAAUAUAGAGUACAAUAAUAUUUCUGAAAUAUAUAAAAAUAUAACAAAAUUGAACGAGUUAACGGAUUUGAAUGUCGCUGGAAACACAUUAUAUGAUUUUCCAAAUACUUUACUCAAGAAUCUAAGAAAGUUAGAUUUGUCUAACAAUAAAUUGCAGUAUAUCCCUGAGUCAUUGUCUGUUCAAAAUUUUCCACUCUUGCUUGAACUUAACGUUAGCAAAAAUCCGAUUCAAAACUUAACGUUUCGUUCGGAUUUACAAUUACACUCGUUUAUUGCAAGUAAUAUAAGUACUUUGAAGACUAUUGACAAGGAUACGUUUACACACUUCAGAAUGCCUCCAACAGAUUGUAUCAGAGUUACUAUAUCCAAUAAUGAAAUGUUAUCUUUCAUUCACGAAGAUGCAUUGAAACACUUAAAAUUAUGUUUUUUGGAUCUGAGGAACAACCGACUUUCCUACGUGUCACAAGAGUUAGUUAUGAACAGUGAUACUUCAGUAGUACUUGAUAUCAAUUUGCAAGGAAAUCCAUUCAAAUGUAAUUGUUCUCUACAAUGGAUGUUAAAUGAUUUAAUACCAAGCCUGUAUUUCACACGGCCUGAUCUUCUAGAUAAUCUACGGUGCGCUUGGCCUCCACAAAUAUCAAAUAUCAGAAUGGUACAUUGGUAUGGUUGGAAAGAACAAAUUUUUUGUAAUAUGUCAAACUUGAAUGAAAAUCUCAUAAUGAAGGUUGAUAAUGUAGUAGAUAAGAAAGUAACAUUUGAGUCGAGUACUGGUUGGUUAAUUGUUAUGGGAAUAGCUCUAACUGUAUUAUCAAGUUUAAUAAUAAUAGGCAUUAUUUGGACACAAAAAAUUGCUAUCAAAAAGAGGAGAAUUAAUAGGAAGUUUUAAUAUUUAUUACUCUCUAUUAUAUAAAUUUAUCUGUCUUAUAUUUUUUAUAAUGAUAUAAUUUGUAAAUAAGUAAUGUAAAAUUAUGUGUCGUACAUUUUUAACUAAUUAUAAAAUACAACAAAAGUAUUUAUUUAAUAUUACUAAUUUCAAACAUAUUUAAAAAGCUAUAAGAUAAUGAUUAUUUCGUUUGAAAAAGUUAUUUUCUACUACCCGAUAAAAAUCCUUAAUUUUUCAAGUAUGCUAUUUUGUACGUAUUCGAUCAAUUUUAUUUUUGAAUGCAGAGAAAAUGUAAAUGUUAUUCAAAGAUAAAAAUAAAUGAAAUAUUAUUUCGAAUACACUGUACAUAUAAAUAAAUACAUACAUACGCGUAUUUUAAUGCAUAUAUUGUAUCUUAUAAAAGAAUGAAAAUAAAUACCUAUACACACCUAAAAUGUAUUCUUAAAUUCACUCACAUACAUACAUUAGCACUUCUGCAUUUAUACAGGAUAUUUCCAACUUGGUGGGACAAAACCAAAAAGAGGGUGAAUAUGAAAAAGUAAGUCGAAAAUUGAUUUAAAUUUUGAAUGUUUAAAAAAAAACCCGCCACUGUACAAAAGCGCCGUCUAGUGUUGAUAAGGAUAACUAUAAAUAUAUUUUUUGCACUCCCUAUCGGUAAAACAAAAAAAGCUCAUUUUUAACACCUAAUACAAGAUGGCGCCAAUUCUUUAUGGUAGGUUUUUAAAAUUUUUUGAAAUACAGGAAUUUUAAUGCAUUUUUAACUUACUUUUUUGUGUAGAUUCAUCCCUUUUGGUUGUGCCAUUACAUCGGAAAUACCCUGUACACAACAUAUUUUAAAAUAUAAAAACAGCCCACUUUCGAUGAAAACAGUGAGGUUAAAACUAUCUAAAUGUUUCUUAUCCACUGACGACGUUAACGAGAUACUUUUAACAUUGGAAGGACUUAGUUAUUUCAUUAUUCACACGUUUUGUUUCAAAUAAAUAUUUUGCUAAAUUCGAGUAAUAUAAUAAUUUGAUGAUUCGAAGCAUUACAUUUUGUUCAAUAUCGCUCUAAUUAUUUCGAUAGAAUAUUGAUCCCCGUUAGUUAUGAGCUAAAUUAUGUUUUCAUUGAAAAUAAUGAUCACAAUUGAAACUUUUAAUAUAUUCGUGUACGCUAAAUUAAAUUUGUUAUCUAUUAGAAUAUACUGACCUUAGUAAUGGAUCAUUUAAAAUAUAGUUACCGCUUUGGACGCAAAAUGAACUUUGUAUUUCUAAUUAUAUGUCAUCUAUUUGCCAAUGACUGGAUGUCACUUGAACAGGAUUCUCUCUUAACUCACUUAAGAAGUUACAUAUAUUUUGAUAAUAUCCUGGCUGACACCAUGUUUCAUUAUGAGUACCUCCCGAAAUAGAAAGUAUAUUUUUACACGAACUUCUGCAAUUCUUAUGAAGUUCUUGCAUCAUACGCGGUGGCACCAAUGUAUCCGCCAAACCAGAAAUGAAUAACGUAGGUACCGUUACUGAUCGCACUUUGUGAAUCGAUAAAUACUAUAAAUUUAGUAAUAAUUAGUUUCCUUUCAUCGCAAAAAAAAAAUAAGCUGUAUGAAAUACGAUAAGCAAAUAUUAUACCUUAUUUUUAUACAGGAAGAGUGGUAGAUAUUGUAAAAAUCUUGAUCCAAAAAGGUAUGCAGCCAUAUCAGGAAUACUGGUAAAAGUAUUUUCGACAAUAAGGCACCAAAUUCUUUGAAAAUUUUCCGGCUUUGUAGCUAAAUUGAUUGCUACCGCUCCGCCUAUAAAAAACGAAACAAAUUGAAUAACACACUUAUGGAUGUAUAAAAUGAAUGUAGCCUAAUGAAGUACCUAAUGAUCUACCAAACACAAUUAUUUCACUUGUAUUUAUAUCAGUUCUACUGGACAAAUAAUCAAUUCCAGCACAAGCAUCCAUGUAUAAACCCUCCUCGGAUGGUGAACCUUGUGAUAAUCCAUACCCUCUAUACUCUAGCAUCAAAAUAUUACAUUGAAUAUUGUGAUACAAUCCAACUGCAUUUUGAAGUCUAAAAUAAAUUGAAAAUUUUAAUCCAAA